AUGUUUGCUCUCGUAAGAUACUUGGAGGACAACUACCGGGAUAUUGUUCUAGUUUCCCACAUAAAGGAUUUCGAUCCAGCUAACGUCGAUGAUUUCGACAAAACGACCAAGUACUCGGUGUUGUGGAGGGACGACGGAGCCUACUACGAAGGCCAAGUUUUGCUGCUUUCAGAUAAAGAGAACACGCUAAGGCAGCGUCUGGAGAGCAAGAGGGCUCCCGUCCCGAAAAUAAGGACAGAAAGCGCGACACCCCCCAGGAAAGACAGAGCUGGAUUGGAGGCUGCGGCAAAUAAGACCGGCCAAGAUUCUGGUGGCGCUGAUGAAGGGGGCAUGAUCUCCCAGCAAGUGUAUGAGGAAUUGCUCCAAGGGUACCAGCAACUGAAGAGGAAAAAACAGCGACUGGCAGUGGAGCUCAGUGUUCUUCAACAUAAAUAUGCAGAGUUGGAGAAGGCAAAAGAGGAGACACAGCAUGAACUUGACGAACACAAAGAAGAAUGUGUCAACUUACGGUCCAUCCAGGACAAGAUAAGAUCACUGCUCCAAGGGGAAGCGUUGGAGGUAUCCUUUGGUGCACCGGUGCUGCCCAGCCCCUCACGGACAAGUGAAGAGACAAUACUGCAAUGUCCGGAAGGAAAGACACACAUUGGGGGUGGUGCCUACAUUCCAGUAGGGACCUGGAGCUGGAUUAGGGGAGCUAAAAAUGACUCCCGGUUCUGCAAGGACCUAGCUGUAGCCAUCUGGGGGUCAGAGGUCCUGCUGAACCGUUCCACUGAGGGCAAGGUCUGCAACCGGCUCAAAGCCCAAGGAGCCGUUGCAAAACCUCCCCUCACGCCAGAAAAAUACCAGGCAGUGAAAGACUCUUUCAAGACAUGGUUGCUGGAGAAAGGCGUGUCCGAAUCUGAGGUGGCUAUGCGCAGCCGUAAAAUUGGGCAGUAUAUCUCAGAAAAAAUCAUGGACAUCAAGAAAGCACAGAAAAAAUUUUAG